AAAAAAAAUUGAAAUCGGGAAAUAGCAAUCCCUAACCACAAAGCUCAUCAUCACCAUUGUCACCGCAUGAUGUCGCAUCUUCUGGUAGAGAUAAUCACCGAGAUACUAUCCCAAUUACCAGUGAAAUCACUCUUAUGCUUCUUCUGCGUUUCCAAGUCAUGGUACGCCCUAAUCAAGCAUCUAGAUUUCAUCAAGUUACAUCUCCACCGCUCCAUCGAGACUAAUAGAGAUCGCACCCUCAUUCUCGAGAAAGUCACUGAUGGUUUGCCUCAUUAUUGCUACUCCGUCCAUUUCCCAACCGAGAAUCACUUCGACAAGGCCUUCAAACUUUAUCAGCCACUAUACCGUCGAGGUAAGCUAGUUAGCAUUUUAGACUGUUGCCACAGUUUGGUUUGCAUUCAUCACUUUACCCUUGAAAUUCAUCACUGUACCGAUGAAAUUGCGAUUUGGAAUCCAUUGAUCCAAAAGUACAGGAUAUUGCCACCGGAACCAAUGUCGAAACCUUCUGGUUUAAACUUUUCUAAAUAUAACGAAAUAGCAUUUGGGUACGACCUGUGUAAUGAUGACUAUAAGGUGUUAAGGGUUAUAGCUUUUUAUAACAGAGGUCAGCCUCUAAAGGAGUUUGAAGUGAAGGUAUAUAGUCUUAGGUGGCAUUCUUGGAGAAAGAUUGAAGAACAAUGGCCAAAAAAGGAAUGCACAGUAUCUUCUAAUUCGGUGUCGUUGAAUGGAGCGUUGCAUUGGUCAAUAGCUGAGGAUACUCCAUAUGAUAUGGAUAUUCCGCUGCGUGCAGAGUGCCUUCUUGCGUUUGAUCUUGCCACCGAGAAAUUUUUGGUCUUUAAAACAUCGGUUCAACGAGAAGUUGAGUUGGGGACAUGUUUGGAAGUGUUGAAAGGACAACUCUGUUUUAUUGUAACUCCUGAUCUGGGGGCUGAAAUAGAUGUUUGGUUGAUGAAAGAAUAUGGGGAAGCAAGUUCUUGGACUCAGAUUUGUAAAAUUGAGCGAGGUUCGGUGCCUUGGACUUUCAAAUAUUGCAAACCUUUAAUGUUUUCAAAGAAUGAGAAGAAAAUUUUAUUGGAGAUGCGCCGGCAUAACCUAACAAAACUUGUUUGGUAUGAAAUAGAGAAGAAUAGGUGCGAGGGGGUUGAGAUUCAGAAUUUGCCACAUUGGUUUAGGACAGCAACUUGUGUUGGGAGUCUUCUUCUGCUUGAUGGUGAUAAUGUGAUUGAUCCCGACAAAGCAGAGGAACAGGAGGAAGAGGAAUGAAAGCCCAUCAGAGGAUCCUAAUCCUAACCUGUUAGGGAAAACAGUAGAUGAAAAUGAAAAGCAAGAAGGAUAAAAGAUGAUUGUAAAAUCUACUUGAAUCUUUCAAAAGUAAUAAAUACUGUCCAA